UUGCGGCGGCGGGAAGAUGCCCGCGGGACUCGGAGCAGUCGGGAGCGCGGCUUCCGCCUUCGGGGCUCUGCCGUCGGCGUGGAGACCCAGGCCCGCCACGCCAGGCCCUGCCCUGGAAGCGCUCGCGGCCCGGCGCCUGGACUGGGGAGUUGCUGCACUUUGGCGUAAAUUGCAAUCGAUUAGGGAUCGUUUCUCAGACUCGAGUUAGAAGUGAGAGUUCAGAUAAGUGAGGCCACCAUUGCUGCUUUGAACACCUCAGAAGGGGAGAAUGGAUUUAUCAGGAGUGAAAAAGAAGAGCUUGCUAGGAGUCAAAGAAAAUAAUAAAAAGUCCAGCACUAGGGCUCCUUCUCCUACCAAACGCAAAGACCGCUCUGAUGAGAAGUCCAAGGAUCGUUCUAAAGAUAAAGGGGCCACCAAGGAGUCAAGUGAGAAGGACCGUGGCAGGGAUAAAACUCGGAAGAGGCGCAGUGCUUCCAGUGGUAGCAGCAGCACCAGGUCCCGGUCCAGCUCUACCUCCAGCUCGGGCUCCAGCACCAGCACGGGCUCCAGCAGCGGCUCAAGCUCUUCUUCAGCGUCGAGCCGCUCGGGAAGCUCUAGCACAUCCCGCAGUUCCAGCUCCAGCAGCUCCUCUGGCUCGCCGAGUCCUUCUAGGCGCAGGCAUGAUAACAGGAGGCGCUCCCGCUCCAAAUCCAAACCACCCAAAAGAGAUGAAAAGGAAAGGAAAAGGCGGAGUCCUUCCCCUAAGCCCACCAAAGUCCACAUUGGGAGGCUCACCAGGAAUGUGACCAAGGACCACAUCAUGGAAAUAUUCUCCACUUAUGGGAAAAUUAAAAUGAUUGACAUGCCUGUAGAAAGGAUGCACCCCCAUCUGUCUAAAGGCUAUGCAUACGUGGAGUUUGAGAACCCAGAUGAAGCCGAGAAGGCACUGAAGCACAUGGAUGGAGGACAAAUUGACGGCCAGGAGAUCACUGCCACCGCUGUGCUGGCCCCCUGGCCUCGGCCGCCCCCCAGGCGAUUCAGCCCUCCGAGGAGGAUGCUGCCACCACCUCCCAUGUGGCGUCGGUCGCCCCCACGAAUGAGAAGAAGGUCACGCUCCCCAAGGCGCAGGUCCCCCGUGCGCCGGCGAUCUCGCUCCCCUGGCCGCCGCCGCCACAGGAGCCGCUCCAGCUCCAACUCCUCCCGAUAAGCAGGGCCCCCGGAGCUCUGCGCCCUGUGACUUCGAUCCCAUCCAAUUCAGCUUUGUCACUUCUCUAGCCAAAGGAGGGUUGGUUGGAAAGAAAUUCCUCACUCAGGGCAGGCUUUGAGGACAGCAACUGAGACAUUUCCUCUGAAGGCAGAGUUCCAGAGGAGUGUCCAUGGUUUGGGGUUGUGCCUGCAAGCAUGCCCUCCAGUUUUCUGGCUAGAAAGCUCCCACAUUUCCAGGUCCUAAGAGAGUCCAUCCAGUGGCAAAGCCAGCAGGGACAAAGCAGGGCUCCAGGUGGUAGUGUGGCCCCAGCCUGGGGGUGGGGUGCCUGUUUCAUUUCCACAAAUGACUGGGGGCCGGUCGAGGGUCCCGGUCCUGCCCUCGGUGGUCUGCAGGGUCCCUCAGGAAAGGGUGCACCUGGGUGCAGCUGCCGUUCCUACUCGCCUGGCCCUGCUCCCCUGAUCGGCUCCUCUUCCAGCACCUGUGGUCAAACGGCCCAUGUUAGUUCCGGGAAAUGGUUCUGUUUCUACGUGUACUCACGUCUCCCUUCCUCUGAAAUUGGUGAGCAUAAGGAGAGCCAGCUCUGCAGGGUCAUCACGGACCACCCCCCUGCCGCAGCUGCUGCUCAGGGUGGUCUUGCAGGUUACCUGGGCAACAUGUACAUUGCUUCUCUUGGCUUUUAUUGUACAGUCAGUACUAUAAAUUUGUUGUUUUGAGUUUUGUUACUUGUAGCAUUUUAGGCGCCGUUGUGUUUGUACUUUGUUGUGUAGAGUGAAGGGAUUGUGUUGAAUAAAGAGGAUUAGAAUACAGUGA